AUGGCCUUCAUCUACACUUAUUCUCAAAACAACCGCGGGCAGAAGACUCAUUUCAUGUUCAUCGACAUCCCCGUCGUUGCUCUACCUUAUGCGAUGCUUCUGAUCACCAUGGUAGUUCGCGGUUGGCAAUCUGCCCUGACAGAAGCCAUGGGUAUCCCCGCGGCUCAUCUCUACAACUUCCUUACAUAUCUCUAUCCGGUCUACGGUGGCGGCAGAAACUUCAUCACCGUCCCGAAUUUUGUUCAGAAAUACUUCAAGCGCGAGGAAGACCGAAACAGAUCGUAUGGAUGGGCUAACAACCCCUCUCGUUCGUCUGCAAAUGCCCCCGAGGGUACUUCGUCAGGGUCUUCUUCUGGAUCAUCCUGGGGGUGGGCCUCUUCUGACAACUGGAAGGGAAGAGGUGCUGGUCGGAAACUCGGUGGUUAG